AUCCAAGACCUAGAAUCUCUCUCUCUCUCCGAUGGCGAAAAGUAGCAGCAGCACAAAGAAGCGAAAGCUCUCCAAAACCCCAGAAACCAGAAAACCCAACAAGAAGAAACCCGAAAAAGCCCCCGCCCAUUCCGACUCGUCCGAUUCUGAUUCAGAGUCCCAGUCCGAUAAGCUCCAUAAGCUUCUCGAACCCUAUUCCAAAGACCAGCUCAUCGAUUUCCUCACCGACGCCGCCCUCUCGGACCCUACCCUCCUCCGUCACAUCCGGUCCACCGCCGAUCUCGAUGUCUCCCACCGCAAGAUCUUCGUCCAUGGCCUCGCCUGGGACACCACCCGCGACACUCUCAUCUCCGCCUUCGAGCCCUACGGCCCGAUCGAGGACUGCAACGUCGUCGUUGACAAGCUCACCGGCAAGGCCAAGGGCUACGGCUUCGUUCUCUUCAAAUCCCGCUCCGCUGCUUCCAAAGCCCUAAAACAGCCCCAGAAGAAGAUCAACAACCGCCCCGCUUACUGCCAGCUGGCGUCUGUGGGCCCCGCCCCUCUCAACCAGGCCCAUGAUAGUGCCGGGAGGAAGAUCUACGUCAGCAACGUGCAUGCCGAUGCCGACAGGGACAAGCUGCGAACGUUCUUUGCGCGGUUCGGGGAGAUCGAGACUGGCCCGCUGGGAUUCGACACGCUGUCAGGGAAGUCGAGGGGGUUUGCGCUGUUCGUGUACAAGACCCAGGAAGGUGCGAAGAAGGCCCUGGAGGAGCCUUACAAGAUGUUCGAGGGGCAUCAGCUGCAUUGCCAGAAGGCGGCAGAGUCGUCACAGAAAUCAAAGGCUAUGGCUUUCCCACAGCAGCUGGUGCCGGGGCCUGCUGCGCUGGCGGCUGCAGCCGCAGCGCAGAACAUGGCACUGUUUAUGCAGAAUCCGAGCCUGAACCCAGCUCUCAGCGCAUUGCUUGCAAACCCGAGCACGGGGUUGAUUCCGCGGCCAGUGAACCCGUUAGUGGCAGCUGCAGCAGGGCCAGCGGUAAAUGCUGGCAUCGGGGCAGCUCAGUUGGGAGGUGCCCCUGCCGUGGGUUCGGCUAGUUAUGGAGUGUCAUCCCAUGGGUUAGGGAGUGUGGGUGGGAGUUCGUUGGCACUCGGGUCGUAUAGUUCACAGGCUUCUGCAGCCUUGCAAGAGCUGCAGUCCUAUCAGAAAGCACAUCUUGGCCAGUCGUCGGGGGGUAGGACGUACCCGACGGGUGGGUCCUUGAGUGGGCUGCCGCCUUAUGUGUGAUAGAGUGCCACAGAUAUAAAAGGGAUGAAGCUGGUGCAAUAUUGAAGUGCCUCUUUUGAAGGGCAUAUUCUCUUUCAACUACUUGCUGUGGAAUUAGCAAUAUGAAGAAGCACUGAGCUUUUGGUUAUUGUAUUUCAACAUUUUAUGAUUUAGUCUAGACCACAGCUAUUAUUUUUGAAACUUGGUUCAGUGCUUGCCCCCCUCUUUUUUUGUUUCUUUUGUUUUCUUUUGGUUAGUUUUACUGAUACAUAAGUAUCAUAUACUACAUGUCUUGUUUAGCAGACAUUUUGAUUUCUGAUUUUCUUCCUUAAUCUGUCUCUUUGUACUUCCUUUUCCAUA